UAAUGACUUACAGAUAAAAAUAACAAACAAACAGCAAAAUAAUAAAAUUAAUGAUGUAAAAAAAAUCCAUUAUUUGAGAAGCGACUUCGUUAUGAAUUUUUCUGGACAAAAGUCAUUUGCACUAAAAGUAAUCAAUGGAUGAGGGUCGGCACCGAAGGAGUCUAGAAAUAACUCGAGGGUUGCAGUGUGAUUUUCCUGAAGAAACAUCAACAAUAAUUGAAACGUCUUAUUCAAAUAUCGAUCCUUUCAUCAAUUUACAUCAUCAAACCAUUUCUGAAAGUUUACAAGUAUUUUCGGAGUCACUUCAACGUUGGUACAACAAUACUAGGGUCGUGACUAACGCUACGGUGUCGGACAUUAAAACCCUUUGGAUAAUAACAAGCGGAAAUCAUUUGCAUAAAGGAAAAGUCGUGGGAAAAUUAUUGGCGUACUAUCUUAUUGUUAUUGGAAUUUAUCUCAUUCAAGUUGGAUUUUGGAUCAACAUUAAAAUUAUCAAACUUAUACUAGAUGUCAUCAUGAAUCAGCCUAGGAACAAUAGAAGAGCACUGGGGAUCCUCUUUAGCAUCUUAAUGGCUCUUUUGCUUGGAGCAACGAUCUCUGCUGCAUGCGAUGACUAAAAGACUCUUUUCUAUCUGUCUCGUUCUAAUGUCACGAUUCAAUGCACGCGAGCCUGCUAAAUCGAUUUCGUAGAUCAAUUUCAACUUGAUGGAUCAAACUUAUUAUUCCUGAUUUGAAGAUGUCGGAACAAAACGUGAUUAUACUACUUCCAAAAAU